CCGCGAUCCAACGGACCCGGGCACCCCGGAGGCUCUCUUCUCUCUCUCUCCCUCGCGCUUCCCCUCUGGCCCCCAACACCCACGCGGUCUCCGACGCCGGCGUGCUGUCCUAGCGCCCUCCUUCUCCGGCGAGGCCAAACCCUAACCCUAAUACAUGGAGUCUUAGGGCUUCCAGAGACCCGUAGGUCACUCGAUCGGUUCCUUUCUCUCCUUGUAGUUACGACAAAUCCCCUCUGCCUUUUUUUUUUAGUGGGUCAUCUUCGCUGUUAGCAUGGAAGACUUGGAAGCCUAAUCCUCCUGAAACCUCCGCAUAGAAAUAACCCAUCUUUCCUUCUAUCUGGAUCGAAUUCUGGAACCCUCGUCGCUUAGAAUUCCCGCGGAAACAAACCAUACCGGUUUCCGCUUCUUUCCACCUCUGGGUCUUGCUUGUAGACCUAUUAGAUGUUCUUGGUGGACCUCAAUUCCAUCGAUUUCUCUACAUAUUUUAUUACCUAAUUCCAGUAUAAAAUCAUAUCUGAAUCCUCUCAGGUCCUUUUAGCGUGCAGAAUUAGACGCCGUCUCUGAAUCCUAUGAACUCUUAGCUGGUUUUGUGUAGAAACGAGGUCGAAAACCCUAGAUUUUGAUCCGGAGAUUGGUGAAAGGCUUCGAAUUUGCUCCGGGUUGUGGAAUUUGGCGUGAAGUUGGGAUUUUGAUCGAUGCCGGAUUCGGACAACGAGUCGGGAGGGUAUAACAACAGCAAUGCGGCGGGGAGCAGCGACUUCUCGUCCCCGCGGGAGCAGGACCGGUUCCUGCCGAUCGCCAACGUGAGCCGGAUCAUGAAGAAGGCCCUCCCGGCGAACGCCAAGAUCUCCAAGGACGCCAAGGAGACGGUGCAGGAGUGCGUUUCCGAGUUCAUCAGCUUCAUCACCGGCGAGGCCUCCGACAAGUGCCAGCGAGAGAAGCGCAAGACCAUCAACGGCGACGACCUCCUCUGGGCCAUGACCACCCUCGGCUUCGAGGACUACGUCGAGCCCCUCAAGGUCUACCUCCAAAAGUUCCGCGAGAUGGAGGGCGAGAAGGGCGGCCCCUCGUCGUCCCAGUCCCAGCAGAAGGAGGGAAGCAGUGGCGGCGCCAUCGGGAGCAAUGGCGGCGGCGGUGGCGGUGGCGUUGGAAUAUAUGGUGGUGGUGGUGCUGGUGGGAUGAUGAUGAUGGGGCAGCAGAUGUAUGGGUCGCCGCCGUCAUCAUUGGCUUAUCACCAUCAGAUGGCAAUGGGUGGGAAAGGCAGCAUGGGUGGGGGUGGUGGUGGUGGGAAUUCUUCCUCUUCUUCAGCUGGGCUUGGAAGGCAGGGCAGGAUUUGAUGGUAAAACUAUGUUGAUAUAUAGUUCAUGUUAGUGUUUUUGCUGUCUUUUUAUUGCUUGGGCUUUUGUUACUUUUUUCCCCCUCUGUUUCUAGAGUCACAGUUAGGUGAUUUUGUAAUUAGAAACAUUGUACUGAGAUAUGUAACAUAGUGUGGAGUCCUUGGAUGAUGGGGUUGGGUUGGUCUCUGAAUUAUCUGAUUGGGGAGAGAGAGGUGAUAUGUUGUAUAAUAUUACAAAUUUAUGAUCAUGAAUUUAAUCUACUUCAGUUUGGAGAACCAGGAA